AUGUAUGGUGUAUAAUAUACUUGGCUAGAUUAGUAAAAUGUUAAUUAAUAGGAUAAUAUUUCAAAAUACAUAUAUAGCUUCUAUUUUAACACUGCUACAAUUGUAACUGUUGGUUACGGGGAUAUUUUCCCACAAACUCUCACUGAAAAGAUUAUGAGUAUCGUUUGUGUCUUAUCAGGAUGCGGCGUCUUUGCGUAUUCUAUCAGUGAAGUAGGCUAAAUAUUUUAAGAUAUUUAAAAAAUUUAAAAGCUUAGAAAAAGUAACAUUUACAUAAUUAAUAAUUAUUUGAAGUAGAGGAGGAUAAGCAAUAUAUUAUAGCAUAAAAUUAGAAAUUACCUUGAAUAUUACUGGAGUGAAAAUGAAUUUACAUCUACAAAAUAAGAAUAAAGGAUAAUAAAUUAAUUAUCAAAUAAUUUAAAAGAGAAUUUGUUAAUAGAAGCAAAUAAAAUUUUCAUCUUAGAAUCUCCAAUACUCAGAUAAAAUUUUUCUCAAUAAAGUUUAUUAAAGGCAAUAGAAAUAGCUUAAGAGUAAAAAUAUACUCCUGAAGAAAAUAUAUUUUAGAAAAAUGAUUUAGAAUUCUCAAUAUUCUUCAUAGAAAAGGGUUCAGUUGAAGUUUAUAUUGAAGGAUUCAGCAACUUGUAGCAGAAAUAAACCAAAAAAUCAUAAUUAAUUCUCAAGCAAGGACAAUUUUUUGGUGAAGGCUCAUUCUUUACAGGAAGGCCUAGGAAGUAAACAUUUAGAAGUUUAGAAUUCACAACUCUAAUAAAAAUUGAUAGACAAGGAUUCUUAAAAAUUAUCAAAGAAAACAAGGAAGAUUAUGAGUAAUUUUGCUAUAUUAAAGAUCAAAUAAUUUUAAAUGGUUCUACAUAGUUUUCUAGGACUUGCACUAUAUGCAAAUCAAAUGAAUAUACAAAUCACAGUGAAGACAGCUGUCCUUUUAUUCACUUUUCUGCAAAUGUGUAGAAAACAAAAACCAAUUUAAGCAUUUCAAGCUAAGAAAAUGAAGAUGAAUAUGAAGAUGAUAUUUUUUCUAUCAAAUAAGAAAAUAAAAAUCAAUCACAAAAUUCUAUUGAUUCCUUUAGUUUAGUGAAUUCUCUUGGUUCAAAAAAUAUAAAAAAGGUGAAUGAGUUCUCAUAAUCUUCAAAUAAAUUUGACUAAUAGCAAGAAUCUCAUUCUCCUGAUAAAAAGAAAUAAACAGAGCCUAAUAAAAAGAACCCUAAUCUACAUGAUAAUUGUAUAACUUAGAAAAAAUUAAUUUAGACUAAUGACACCUAGCUUUUAUAUUAAAUGUAUUUUACUAAUUAGAUUAGUAAUUAGUAAAUAGUAAAUAACUAAUCAUAACAAAAAGAUAAAACUGAUAUUUUAGAUUAAAAUAAGUUAAAUAUUAUCUAAGCUAUUAAUUUUUAGGCCAUCCAAGACCAAGAUAAUAAUUAAAGAUAGAUACAAAAAUAUUAAAAAAAGAAUAGUUUGUCUUUUAAUAGAAAUUCGACGUAGGAUAUUAAUUAUUAAAUUUAAGAUGAUUUUAAUGUUCCUUCUUAUAAAAAAAGUUUUUCUAAAUUAUUAGUUUAAAACGAUGAUGUUAACAAUUAUUUAUCUAUUAGCCAAGCCUAUAUUUAAUAUCGAAAUCAACUAAAUGAUAUAAUUAUGUUAGAAAAUUUUGAUAAAAUGAACAUCUAUGAAAUCUACUUUCCUCACAAUAAUUAUGAUAAGGUUUUAUCUCAUACUCUCAAAAGAAAUUCAUUAUCAACAAAAAUAAAAAAAUAAUAAACUCCAUAAGAAAAAUAAAAGAGCUAAGACUUAAUUUUCUUUAAUCAAACUAAAAAGGAUUAAAAUAAAAGAUCUUUUUCAUCAAAAAUAAAACCUUCAUAAAAAGAUUAUGCAAAAUUAAAAAUCGAUUGCUCAUAUAAAAUUUUGCUAAAUGGUACAGAUAAUUGUGAUAAAUAAAUUAACAAAGAAGCAUAAUUAAAUUAGUAAAAAUAUGUAAGCAAUAAUAAUAGUUCUUUCUAAGAAAAUAAUGAAGAAAACUCAUCCUAGAUUAUAGCACCAAAUCGAUUAAAUGUUUAGUCUAGAUAAUCUAUUAAAAAUAGACAAAGCUUUUUUAAUAGGCUAACUAGUGCUCAAUCUACAAAAUUAAAAACCGAUCUUUCUUAUUAAAUGCAGGAUAAAUAAGAAUAAAAUAUACUCUAAAGUGAAUGA